AUGGAUCGAGGUGAACCCAUCGCCAAAGUCACAUCGGCAGCCGUGGUUAAGCUUUUCCUCGACAUCGUCUACAGGUUCGGGGUCCCAAACUCCAUCAUCACUGACAAUGGCACGCAGUUCACGGGAAGGAAAUUCCUGCGCUUCUGCGACGACUACCACGUAAUGGUCGACUGGGCCUCAGUGUCCCACUCACACACCAACGGGCAGGUCAAGCGAGCUAACGGCAUGGUCCUGCAAGGCCUCAAGCCUUGCAUCUUCGAUAGGCUCAAGAAGUUCAUGGGGCGGUGGGCACGCGAGGUCCACAGGCUUCACACGCUUCUUCAUGGUAUACGGCACGAGGCCGUCCUCCCCACUGACCUCAACUACGGGGCGCCCCGGGUCAAGGCGUACAAUGAGGCAAGGUUGGAAGGGGCCUGCCAGGAUGCGCUCGACUAG